CCCGCCCCUCGGCUUCAUGAGCCAAUCAGCUGAGAGAACCCACCACCGCUUCCUGUCCUGCACCAACACAUGUCCACUAGCAGCUAACUCAGUCAACAGAGACCAAACUGUGGAUCGACAAGGCAACAAGCGCCACUGAGGAUGGUUCAGCUCAGCAGGAUCUGCCUCCGGAAGUUUGGAAACCUUGUGGACAAUCUCCGUCUGUAUGUCCGCGGUGGCAGCGGCGGUAUGGGGUUGCCCCGUCUCGGGGGACAGGGAGGAAAGGGAGGAGAUGUUUGGGUGGUGGCAACAAAGAACCUGACGCUGAAGCGGAUCAAGGACAAAUAUCCUCAGAAACGUUUCCUAGGAGGAGGAGGAGCCAACAGCAGUGUCCGAGCACUGAAAGGAGAGAAGGGAAAGGACCUGGAGAUCUUUGCUCCUGUUGGUAUCACUGUCACAGCUGAUGAUGGCAGAAUACUUGGUGACCUGAACGCUGAAGGUGACCGCGUGCUGGUGGCGAAAGGAGGACCAGGAGGCUCCCUCUACUCUGCAUUUGAGCCCAGUAAGGGUCAGGCCAAACACAUACGCUUUGACCUCAAACUAAUCGCUGACCUGGGCCUCGUCGGGUUCCCAAAUGCAGGAAAGUCUUCUCUGCUGACGGCCUUGUCUAACGCCACACCUCAGAUCGCCAGCUACGCUUUCACAACUUUGAAGCCUGAGAUUGGCAAACUGAUGUAUAAAGAUUACAAACAGAUCUCUGUCGCUGACCUGCCGGGCCUGAUUGAGGGGGCUCACGUAAAUAAAGGAAUGGGCCACAAGUUCCUGAAACAUGUGGAGAGAACCAAGCAGCUACUGUUCGUUGUUGAUGUUUCUGAUUUCCAGCUGGCGAGUAAAACACCCUUUAGGUCGGCCUUUGAAGCUGUGCAGCUUCUCACCAAGGAGCUGGAGUUGUACAAAGAGGAGCUUGUGUCGAAGCCUGCUCUGCUGGUGGUGAAUAAGAUGGACCUUCCCGACGCUGAGGACAAAUUACAGGAGCUGAAGGAGCAGCUACAAAACCCAGAUGAGUUCUCUGAUCUGCUGCCUGACGACAUGAUACCUACCAAGUACAUGACCUUCAGACACGUGGUUCCCGUCUCUGCCACUACCGGGUUUGGUAUCGACAAUUUGAAAAGCUGCAUCCGAGAGUCGCUUGAUGAAGACGACGCCAUGGCAACCAAAGCCAUCCAUCAAGAAAGACUGCAGGCACUUAGGCAAACAUCGCACGAGCAUUUAUAAUAAACACGGAGAGUCGGACCUUCAGAGCACGAUGACAAGAGCUCUGCUCUG